GUUCAGAUUACAUUGUUUAGAUAAAAGGAAUAAAUAUAAUAUUAUGUUCUUAACUAAUUUAUAUUUUGCAAUACGUUGAUCAGUUUGCAUCCUUACAUCAAUCGGGGCACAUAUAGGAAACGCCGUCAUGUUAAGCAAUAAAAAGAAAUGUAGUUUAAUCAUAGCGGCUAUGGCACUUUUGCUCAUACUAACCUUUUCUUCGAAGAUGGAACGCAGGACUACAUUAACUGCACUUCAAGAGACUAAUGACAUAGACAAGGUCUCAACGGCAAAACAAGCCACCAGCACAAUAUCAACAACGGAGAAACCAAUGUCGAAAUCAACUAAACCAAAACAACCAGACACUCCAGACCCAGAUCCAGUACUAGAGUGGGAGUCCCAAACGCAACCCACAACCAAAUUGGACCCAUAUACUCUUCGCUGUAAAGUUCGAGACAUGGGAUGUUUUAUUAUGGUUCAACAAGGGCAAAGUGUAUUCGGAAAAAUCCCUGCAGAAACGUCAGAAGUGAAACUCCAGAAGACACAGACAGCAAAAGAAAUUUGCUUUGACAGUUGCUUUUCGAACUCAUAUACACUGUCGGCAUUCAACGCAGCACAGAAGCGGUGCAUAUGUAGUACUCGGUUUGAAGGGUUUAUUUCGAACAAAAGAACACGAGCAGCGGAGUCAUAUGGUGCAGCACAAAAAUGUAAAGCGCCAAGUAGCUUCCAUGUCUACAGCAAAAUUAGGGAUUGUGAGAAAGGUGUAUCAGGUCAUUCAUUGCAGCAAGAUAGAGUUGGAUGCAUGUUGAUACCGGAAAGGUUGAAUCGAAAAAUGAUUGCGCUCUCAGAAUUCCAAAUAUCAAUAGAGCAAUGCAUUUUGAAUUGUGAAAUGAGACAAUUCACCUAUGCAGUGCCGAUACCACAAAAAAGUGCUUGUUUAUGCUCAGACUCCUAUUCACUAUUUGAAACUGUCGACAACAUGACGAGAAUAAUGUCAAGAUGCAAUGAUAAAACUAAAAAAUUAAAAUCAGAUAAAGAAGUUGAGGUUUUCAGAACGACCGUAAUUGACGAACAUUGCGAUCCACUGAGAUUUCUUUUGCCAAGACAAAACAAACCUAUUUUGCUUGCAAGUUACUAUGGUUCUGGCAACACAUGGAUAAGACAUUUAAUUGAAGUUGCAACAGGAAUAUAUACAGGAAGUGUAUAUAACGAUAUCUAUAUAUACGAAGGAGGUAUGCUUGGAGAAUAUUUACCAGAUUUCGCAGGUAGAACAAUCGUCGUAAAAGAUCACUUGUUCAAACUCAAAAUUCCUCCUCAUCAUACAAUGGCAGUCUUACUUAUACGCAACCCUUAUGAUGCAACUUUAGCUGAGUUUGUGAGAAAAAAAACUCGCAAUCACACGGGAGUUAUAGACAACGACAUAUUCCGAAGUCCAGAAUUCAAACGUUAUGCCUCGAAUCGACCGGACUAUUGGUUCGGCAUCACGAAUGUUGUUUUGAAAACAUUUAUGGAAAAAGUUGUUGUCGUUUACUUCGAAGAUCUGGUGAAAAAUUCAAUUAAAGAAAUGCGCCGCAUCGUUGAAUUCUUACCUGAAGAAAUUGUUGGAUCGGAUGAAGAAUCAUUUGAACGGAGACUAAUGUGUAUGAACUUAGAUUUAGUAGGAAAUUUUAAGCGUCCACCACGAAAACUGAACUUCGAUCCCUUUGAUGCAUUUAUAAGAAAUAAAUUCGAUAAGAAAAUUCGGGAAAUGGACGAUUUAUUACUCGAACACAACCACCCUCCAUUACCAGAUUCGUAUUUCUUACCGUACUAGUCAAUAUAUUACUUUUCACUGUGUAAAAUAUUUAGCGAUUGUGGAAUUAAACUGCAAUUAUGACUGCAGUGACAAGUAUUUAUAGACAUAAUUUUUGAUAUUAAUUCUGACCUUGCAACUGCUGACUUCACUCAAUCAUGAGCAUCGCACAUGAAAGAGUAAAUAGUAAUUACAUCCAGUACAUAGUUAUUAGAAUUCCGAUUUCAAAUAAGCAAACAAAUUUAUCUUUUGUAUGCAAAAUCAUGACAAACAUUUAUAGUAAUUUAUAUAUAAAAAUAGUGAUUUUGUAUAUUUCAAAAAAACGCAUUGAUUGAUAGCUUUGACCCAUGUAUAUGUAGGCUAAUUUUGCACAUUGCUAUUAACUUUAUAAGUUUGUUUGCAACUUUUAUAUAGAUAUCGACAUUUUAUUUAAGUUCCUUAAGUUUACCGUUAAUUAGAAAUUGAAUAUUGAUGCACUGCACACAUCGUGCACACGCGGUUUGUUUUACGAUAGACUAAACAUAAUUUAUUUUUAUUCUGAGUUUAUUCUGGUGUUCACGGUUGAUUUUUUAGCCAGUCUCAGUAUAUAUUUUCUACCAAGUAGAACAAUUAAACGCUUCGUAGAAGUGAAAUAAGUUAUGAUAUCAGGUGUUUCAAUUUAUUGUUCAAAGCUGUUCAUUUCUACAGCUGACAACACCAUAAAAUGUGCUUCGAGAAACCCAUUUUAUUUUAAUUAAGGUUGACAGAAUUUCUGAUAUGCGCAGUUUCUGUCUUAUUUGCGGAAUUGAUGAUAAAAAUAUUUCGUUUUGCCCUCCGUGAUGACUCUAUAUAUAUAUUGCAGUGCAAUGCGUACAAAGAACUAUAUUAAACAAGUUAGGAAAUGUAAAAUUUGUCACACCUUAAAAAUAAGGGGGAGGAAGGAAAUCACUGGGUAUAUGUCUCAUUCUAAUUUUGUAAUUACAUACAGCUCUAAUAUUUUAAUGAGAUUACAUUCGUUCGCCUGUACCUCUUUUUCCUCACAUUUAUUCUCUGCAUCCCGAAAUUGAAUAUACAAGUCACUGCAAAUCUUUCUAAAUUUAGGUAGGUUUCGACAACGCCACCAUAAAAUACCCCAAAUAUUCGUACAGCACGACCAUUUUUGAUGACUGUAGUCCACAUAAAACGGGGAAUACCACGACCGGAUAUCUGGUGUGCGGAGCUCUUUAUACCGUGCAAUUUAGAUUGGUUAACAUUACUCUCGGCAAUAACAGUUCUCAAAAAAUAUUAAUAAAUAAUUUCCCGAUCUUCUAAGUCCUAAUUAGAUAUUGGAACCUUGGGUUCCGCUUGGUUCGCCGCGACUUCCUCUCUUUAAUAAAAUAUAUGUGUUCAACAUUUUCGCGUAAUUUUGAGUUUGUUUCGUUUUUUUAUUUUGCUGACUGUUGACUAUGACUAUGUUUAGACAGCAUUACUUUGAUAUUUUCUUUCUUUCUGGAAUACGUUAUUUCGCCAGAAUUUUCACAAACAAAAACACAAAACCGAAUCCCAUAAAGCCCACGGAUUUUCUUGAACUAAAUAAGAUUAAUAGCUUUCCAGCGACAACAACGAUCUUUGAGCAAUGGACAUUCCAAAUCAAUUGGUCACGUAGUCAAAGAGAAAAGUGAAAAUAACAACAGCAUGAAGUAGAAAAAUACCAACAAUAACAACGCAUUACCAAAAUGACACCUAGGACCUAGGUCCACUUCAUUUUCAAUAAAUCUUGAAUAUAUAUACGUUUGCUUUUGAUUGAAUGUAUAAAUUUUAUGUAGCUG